UGAAAUGCUGGUGGAGGUCACAAAGAAGACUUCUUAUAAAAAUCCUGGGACACCACUAGCCUUCCCUUUUUGUUCAGCGAACUUUUGUUUGGUGUGAAUGCAGCGCUGCAAUAUGCCCUCUUCAGAAAGUCGCUUUGUGAUUAUGAGCGUAGUUUCCAGGCUGCCUCGUGAUGGGAUUGAUGAAGCACGUGGCCUCGGAUGAUUCGCGUCAUAGUCGUUUUGGCUUCUGAACAUCUGCGUUUGAUGCAUCGAUUUGAAGUCACAACGAACGCGACGAGGAGUUAAUUUGGUGCUUUCACUGAUGGUAAGCAUGAAGUUCCCAACUGAGAAGAUGUCUUCUGAGAGCUCUUUUUUAUUUUUUAGAUUUAUGAACAAUCGUGCACCAUCUAAUAAGAGAUAUCAGCCAACAGAAUAUGAGCAUGCUGCUAACUGUGCCACACAUGCGCUCUGGAUCAUUCCCAGCAUUGUGGGUGGGAUCUUGUUGUACCUCUUAUCUGAUGACCACUGGGAGGAGAUUUCAGCAUGGCUCUAUGGGGCAGGACUGUCAAGCCUUUUCAUCAUAUCCACAGUUUUCCAUACUAUCUCCUGGAAAAAGUCUCAUCUCCGAUCGGUUGAGAACUGUUUCCACAUGUGCGACAGGAUGGUGAUCUAUUUCUUCAUUGCAGCGUCCUACACACCUUGGUUGACACUGCGGGAUCUUGGUCCAUGGGCUGCCAACAUGCGUUGGGUGGUCUGGGUAAUGGCCUCUGGAGGAACUGCCUAUGUGUUCUUCUUCCAUGAAAGGUUUAAAGCUGUAGAGCUGAUCUGUUACGUAGCAAUGGGUGUUUUUCCUGCUCUUGUCAUCCUCUCUAUGGCAGACAGGUCAGGUCUGUGCGAGCUCUUGGUUGGUGGCGGGUGUUAUGUCUUGGGCAUAGUGUUCUUUAAAAGUGAUGGAAUAGUGCCCUUUGCUCACGCUAUAUGGCACCUGUUUGUUGCAAUGGGAGCAGGCAUCCAUUACUAUGCCAUCUGGAAGUACCUGUACACACCUGUCAAUCAACCAACCAGUACGGCCCGGUGACACACACGUACAUACACCUAACCACACAAUCAUUUGAAUAUAUAUUUGUCACAGAAGUGCUACUUAAGCAUAAGCAGUAUUGUUUAUUUGCUCUGUUGUGUUUUUGCUAGCAAACGGUUUGACUGAUGUCAUUCUUGUCACUUAUUGAUAGGUCUUCAAUUAGCACAUACAACAGAAAUUACAUCUAGCCUUUGUGAGUCUGCAGGCAGCAGGGGUCAUUUUGAACCUGAGGUCGUGUGGAUCCCGAACAAGAAAGUAAAAAAAAAAAAAAAAAAAAAAAAAACUAGACAUAUUACAUUUAAGGUUUACAAUUUGAAGGUAAAAUCACUGCCAGACAUUUGUAAAAACAUUCAUCCUGGAUAGUACUUACUUGAAAACCGUUUAAAGAUUGUUAUGUAGUGUCUUUAAACCGACUUUGGAUUAUUCCACUAAUUCUGCCACUGCCAGUGUGGAGAUUGUUUAAUUUCUGUCAGAAAUAUGAAUACAUUUCAUAUUACUGUACACGGUAUCAAUUCUCCAUGCUUCUAGUCUAGUGCUGGUCUGUUGCAUUUUUGGAUGUGCAAUGUCUUUGGGAAAAUGCCACAAGUGCUUGAUGACUUUGUCUUGGACUGGUCAUCUGAUUUCAUGGUUUAAUUGAAAAGUUCAGACUCUCAUAUUAUGAUUUUAAAAUGUGUUUCAUGUGGUAACAUUUAUUUAUAGAUUUUAAUCAAGUCAAAUUAUUAUUUAACAUUUUAAUUGAUCUUAUAUGACUUAAUCAGCAUGACUACAUCAUAGGAUUGCACCAACAAAUAAUUUUAAGGGUUACCUCAUAGGAAAAUAGUUCACUUUUUUACAGCAUUGAGACUUUUGCCUGUUUUACUGCAUUCCAUUUCAGUGAAAAUCUAAAAACAAGUGUUUUAUUUAAGUUGUUAUUUAUUCAUUUCAAUUUACAGCUGCUGUAGAUGUUGUAUUACCAUUUAUUUUAUAUGAGAACUUAAUAGUGUAUGCAAAACAUCAGCUUUUUGCCUUCAUCAUUUAAAGGUUUAAAACUACAGAGAGAAUACUGAUGUACUCAAUUUAGUCAGAUUCACCUGAGAGUCAUUAAAGAAACAAUGCACCCAAAACUGAAACCUGUCAGCAUUUACUCACACACCUGUUCAGUUCCUUACCUGCAUUUUUAUCUUUCUUCUGUUUAGCAGAAUGUCCAGGCUGCUCUUUUUUAUGGAAGCUUGUUUCCAACACAGGAUAAGAAAAAAGGCGGUUGUGACUUUUUUUUUUAGGGCUUCAAAACGAUUAAUUGUGAUUAAUCACAUUCAAAAUAAAAGUUUAUGUGUAAAUACUAGGUGUGUGUACUGUGUACUCUAUAUUUAUUACGUAUGUAGAAAUAUACACACAUAAAUGUAUAUAUUUGUAAAAAUAAAUUGUAUGUAAACAUUAAUACAUGUGUAUAAUUAAUUUUUCCUUCAUAUAUAUGUGUAUGUGUGUUUAUAUAUACAUAAUAAAUAUACACAUUUAGUAUUUAAACAUACAAUUUUAUUUUGAAUGUGAUUAAUCAAGAUUAAUCAUUAUAAAGCCCUAGACUUUUAUCUCACUAAAAGAAAACUCAGAAUUCUAAUAUGUAAACUUAGAAUUGUGUCUUUUCCUUUUGCAAUUCUGAGUUUUUAUCUUGAAAAUAUGACUUUUCUCUAUGAAUUCUGAGUUUACAUCUCGUAAUUCUAUUUAUCGCAACUCUAACUUUUUCCUCACAAUUGCGAAUUUACAUCUCAAAAUUAUGAUAGUUUUCUGAGAAUUGUGAGGAGCAAAAAAUUUCAUUGUGAGACAAGUAGUCAAUUAAUUUUAUUUAUCCAUUCAUCCAUCCCUUGGUAAAAACAAGCUUCGUUUUUGGAACUGGCACUGUUCAGUUUCACAAAUAACAAAAAUACAACUAUAGAGUACUAUAAAUGUUGUAGACCUCCUUUCAUGUUCUGUGAAAGACAGAAAAACAUGCAGGUUUGGAACAACAUGAUGGUGUAAAUGAUGACCUUUCACUUUUGCUUUAACUAUAGUAAAGUCUCAGCUUCAAUGGUCUGUCCUGAUCAAGGUUCAUUGGACUGAUCAGACAAAGCUCUUGCUCUCAGGGUUGCCAUUUUACUGGCUGAAACCAUCACAAUUUCUUAAGCAUUCCAUUUGUGCUGUGCUCCUUUAGGCCAUACAUAUUUGAAUAACUUGAACUCUGUAGAUAACUUGUAUUUUUGAUCAGGGCUAAUGGGAGAUCAGGAACAAUUUGGUUAUCACAACCACAGAAACACUCACACACAAACAGAAGAAGUCUGCAGUUUUUAUAGUUGCUAAACUAAAGUCUAUUAAACAGGUAUUUAAAUUUGCAUGGCCUUCUCAAUCAUAUAAAACUCUUAACAGUUACUGGUUGUAUCAGAAUGUUUCUAAAUGUGUAUUUAUUAUUGCUUUACAUUUUAAAAUAAUAUUUCAUGUACUAUGAAUAUAGAAAGUGUUUGGUCAAUAGUUGUAAUCCAGGUGUACACAAACAUACUUAGCAACAAAUUCAUUAUAUUGUUGAUAAUUAGGUCUUACAGCUGAAAUGUGUAUGCCAUUGAAUGUACAGUAUUUACACAUGAGUUGCAUCACUCUGUCAGGUACGUUUUUGAACUCUUAAGGUUUGAGAUGAUAGUAGGGCUGUUUGUGAAGGUUUCAGUUUGAACUUUUACAUUUUAUUUAUUUAUUUAUUUAUUUAUUCUAUGACUUGCAUUAACGGUAUACUUUUCUGUAGAUACAUGAGACCAUUCAGAUACUUUUAUUAAUCCAGUAAGUGAUAUAUCUGUGGUAUUAUGGAAGUGUUGCAUAUAAUGUUCAGUUUUGGAAGUGUAAUACAUUUUUGUAUGUUUCUAAAAAAUUAUUUUAUGACUUUCCGUUAUUUUGUUGCAUUGUAAAUAUUCAAUUUUUUGCCAUGGUUGACUGUUUAAAUAUUUGUUUGGUGUUGCUUUAUUACAGUGUGUUUUACUUGGAGUUUUGUUGAUGCAGUAUGAAGUUUACAUCCAUCAUACAGCUUUCACUGCCAAUCAGCCUGAGAUUAAUGCAUCUCGGAUAGCAUUAAUGCAUCGACCUCGAAUUUAGCAAAAUAACACAAUUUAUUGAAACUGAUAUGAUGCUUGAGGAGUUGUGUUAGCUAUAAGUGCAUCCUGACUGUACACAUUGUGAAUCCUUCCUCUUACUUUUGAGUAACUAGAAAAUGCUGUUUAAUAAAUUGUGGUUUUAGCAUGUAAAAAUUAAUCAAACAAUUUACCUCUGACUCAAAGCCAAAAUUAUAGCACAAUUUAAUGUUGCUUUCCCUAAAAAAAAAAAAACUUACAAUUUAUAAUGUAGAAUUUGGUUUAGUCUUUUAAUGAUACUUGACACCAAACUCUCAGGCUGCCUACCUGUCCUUGAGUUAUUAAAAAUAUUAAUUCAGUAAAAUUAAUGAAUCCUCUUUUGAAACCGAAUCCCGACCUCACUGUAUAUAUCAUUUGUGCCUUUUCUAGUUUUCAGAACCGUUCAAGGCAUUGUGUUUUUAGCCAUUCUGCUGAUUUGCUCUGCAUAAAAAUGUGAAACUUUCACAUGAAGGUAUUUGUGAUUUUGCUGCAGUCUUUUUGUAUUUGUAUUAAGCCCAUGUUAUUUCAUACUAGUGCUUUUUUAUCGAGGAAACGUCCUCCUCUCUGAAUCAUUAUUUAAGUCUAUGCCUGUGGUUGAUCAAUAAAUGCGAAGGAAAAACUUGCA